GCUCUGUCAGAAGACAGCAUCUGUCAAAGCCCACAUUUAAACUGCUGCCUGCCUGUGCAGCAGCUGAAGAACUACGGAAUGGAUUUCAGAGACCACAAUCCUCGCCUCAAACAGCUCGAACCCAUUUCUACUACUGCCUAGCAACAAUGAAGGAGGGAAGAGAGGCAAAUCCUAUUACCGAAGGCAAGUGAGCCACUACGUGCUAGCACUCACAGCUAACGUUACCAUUAGAAAUAUGGAUACUGAGGAGAAGGGAACACAGCACUGCAUUGUCCGGCAAGGGAAACACCAGAUGUAAAAGCUCCAAGACAUCGGCUGCGAACGCCAGACGAGCCCGAUCGGAACAGGAACGGGAACUACUGUCCUUUUGUUCGAACAAUGAACAAAAAGCCCCAAGACAAGGACAACACUUAUGAGCAGGGAAGGUAACGCGGCAACGGGCAGACAGAUGGACAGAUUGGAUACCGUGAAAAGCGAUCGCAGGAAGCAGACUGCUGGGGGAUGUGCGCAUGUUCGAUAGCAUCUUUUUUGCUGAAGUGAUGGCGUGCCAAAACUAUUUUCUGGGGGUAUAAUCCUCGCACCAUAAAUGGCCUGACCAAGGAAGCAAAAUGUCAUCAGACUAAUAUCGGCCAAGCAUAAAUUGGGAGCGUGCAAAAGACCGGACAUGAUUUAAACCAUCAGCAGCACGAUCAGGCACCACAUUUUACAAGUAACAUCAGGCUCCACUGAGAUCCCAAAAGGAAACCUUCAAACGCUACACAUUCAAAAUGAGUGAGCCAUUUGCAGAGAAUCACUCAACAUAAGCAAAAGAAAAUGAAUACCAAAGAAUAGCAGUGGAUCCAGAAAAGAAGGGAAAAGCAUUUUGCUUGGCCAUUGUCUCAUCAUUGGAUUCUUACAACAUGCUUCAGUGGAGAAGACGACACUGCUGCUUUGCAAAGAUGACCUGGAAUACCAAAAGGUCUCUAUUUCGCACCCAUCUCAUUGGCCUGGUCUCUCUUGUAUUUCUUUUUGCUGUGUUUCUGUUUUUUAAUCAUCACGACUGGCUGCCGGGCAGGGCUGCUUUCAGAGAGAAUCCCAUGGCUUACACUAUACGAGGAUUUAGGUCUACUAAGAGCGAGAUGAACCACAGCUCUCUACGGAACGUGUGGAAGGACGCCGUACCUCAGACUCUCAGGCCUCAAACAGUCACCAACUCCAACAACACCGAGCUGUCACCCCAAGGAGUCACCGGUUUGGAAAACACGCUCAGUGCCAAUGGAAGUAUUUACAACGAGAAAGGCGCUGGGCAUCCAGCUUCCUAUCAUUUCAAAUACAUCAUCAACGAGCCUGACAAAUGCCAGGAGAAGACCCCUUUUCUCAUUUUGCUCAUUGCUGCAGAGCCAGGCCAAGUGGAAGCCAGACAGGCGAUUCGACAAACCUGGGGUAACGAAAGCCUGACGCCUGGCAUCCAAAUUGUUCGCAUCUUUUUGCUGGGGCUAAGCAUCAAGAUAAACGGAUACCUCCAGCGCACCAUACUAGAGGAAAGUAAACAAUACCAUGACAUCAUUCAACAAGAAUAUUUAGACACCUAUUAUAAUUUAACCAUUAAAACUCUGAUGGGAAUGAACUGGGUUGCAUCUUAUUGUCCAAGUGUUCCGUAUGUUAUGAAAACUGACAGUGAUAUGUUUGUCAAUACUGAGUAUUUAAUACACAAGCUUCUGAAACCAGAACUUCCUCCAAGGCACAAAUAUUUUACAGGUUAUUUAAUGAGAGGUUACGCACCUAACAGGAACAAGGACAGCAAGUGGUACAUGCCACCUGAUUUGUAUCCAAGCGAACGUUAUCCUGUAUUCUGCUCUGGAACUGGUUAUGUUUUUUCUGGAGAUUUAGCAGAAAAAAUCUUCAAAGUCUCCCUAGGCAUCAGACGUUUACAUUUAGAGGAUGUAUACGUGGGGAUCUGCCUUGCCAAGCUGCGAAUUGACCCCAUGCCUCCACCCAACGAGUUUGUCUUCAAUCACUGGCGAGUUUCUUACUCCAGCUGUAAAUAUAGCCACCUAAUUACCUCCCAUCAGUUCCAACCUAGUGAACUGAUCAAAUACUGGAACCACUUACAACAGAAUAAGCACAAUGCCUGUGCCAAUGCAGCGAAAGAAAAAGCAGGCAGGUAUCGCCACCGUAAACUGCACUAGAAGGACAGCACUCCCUCUAGCAAAUGUAUCCCACGUGCAAUUUGUAAAUACCGCUGAACGCAUGUACAGUGAAAAAUGGAUGAGCUUCACGGGACAGCCUUUAGUUGAUCCCCAUCUCACAUAGUGGAGUCUGAAAAUUAUUUUUUUAAUUUAAAAUAAAAAGUAUAGUUCUUGAUAACACUGAUAUUAUGAAACCAUAACCAAAAGGUUUUCCCAGCAAAUUUGAAGAAAAAAGAUGAGAUAAGGAUUUUUGUGUUAAUGUGCAAUAAUAAGCAUGCACACUUUGGUGGUCCAAUUGCUGACUUCUGUGCCAAUAAAAUGUAAUUGAGCAUAUUUUCCACACAAAUUUUAUUUAAAAAUGCAUUCAUACCUCUAGUCCUUUACAGUGUAAUGAUUUGUUGUUAUCUCGAAUUGGUAUAAGUAAAGUGAAAAAUGAGAAACAAAGGAAAUGCACAAAGGGCAGAUCAGUUUUGCUUUCAAAUACCACAUGAAAAUUAUUAUACACUUCUUUAACGUACAACAUAUUUAGCAGUGUCGCAGUUACAAUUAGGACACUACCAAAAGAACACUAAAACAAUGCAAAAGGACUCUGUUAAAGUACAUCCAGUUCUGGCAUGGUUGCUUUUUGGGAGGGAUUAGGAAAAAGAAGGAUAAAUGAAAACAAAGUUCAGGCUACCACUUUGUACAUCGCCCUCUGAAAUGUUACUGGUGUUCUUGAUUCAACUCCAGUUUCAACUACAUCCCCCUGAAAGAGGUGACAAAGUUGCUUAAUUCUGUAGAAGUCAUAGGGCAAGCUCCUAAAUUCUGGUGCCAAGUAACACUCAUUUUGGCAUCUUCAUGCAAAUUCACUCAAUCUGCUAUUAAUUUCUUUACAUAACUUCACAAUAGCUCAAAGGCUGAUCAGAUAUGCAAAAUGGAGCUUCAAAUCUCACUAUAGUCUCAAAGACGUUCUAUUUUGUAUAAGAGGAAGAAAACCUACAAAAUUUUUUUUUGAUUUUCCUCUUUACUGCCUUUUAGACACACACACAAAAAAAAAAGACCAGUCAAGUGAAAAUCAGUUUGCUAGAGGAAAUUAAGCCAAACACUUCACUUUAUAGAUGGGGAGGACUAAGUCAUAAGAUUGAUGUGUCCAGAUAGCAAUACAGGAGAGAACAAAAUGGAAGCAAUUUUAAAAAUUAAAGCUACAUCUGCCACUGAAAACAAGAUUGAAGAAGUAGCUUAAAUCUAUUUACAGGUUUCCAAGUUUUCUAACAAACAGAACUUUUAAAGUUCAUUUUCCAACAAAGUUACAGAAGCAUUGCAUCAGAAUCAGGUUAUUACUAUUUAUCACAGUGCCAGGGUAAGCAAUACCCGCAUUUGAUUAAGCAGUAAAUGAUGGAACUGUGAUUAGUUUUCUGUUUGACCAGUACUUUUUAAUUGGGUAAAAUACAAAUAUUUGAUGUACUUUUAUUAUUUAAUAAAAGUGAUUAUAUUUAUGGUCCUUCAGCCUUCACUUUUUAUGGUAAAGCUGCUCAGGAAGAAAUAAAUUGCUAGCUUCAGCAUUAACUGACGUUUCCAGUUUUCCCUAAUUCUUAAAGUGUAGUUUUCAUAGCAUGCACAAUACAGAGAACACAGCAGGUUUUUUUUUCUUUGUAAUGAAAAGAUGAAUCAUCUUACGGAGCACUCUCAGCAGCCCUAAGGCUGUCUAUAUCCAGGAACUUAGGCACAUAAGCAGACUGUAUCGCACUGGUCUAGUCCUCUAAGGAAUUCAAAGGAGAUCUUAUUAAAGAUGGGUAAGGGAAUUUGCUCUUCACUAUUUUUUGGGUGGUCCUCCAAUAAACUGUCAUACCUUUAACCACAGAAAUGGACAUUUCUGAGGAAAGCAAGUGUGUGAAAAUAGUAAAAUUUAUGCAGAACAGAACAACGUUCUCCAACUCAAUUGAAAUUGUAUUGACUUAGUUGUGGUGAUGAUUACUGGCAUUCAUGUAACACAGUAGGUAGUACAAGCUGCAUUUGAAAUGUUUGGGAACACUCUUUAACAUUACCACCUAUUUGUAGUUCUCUUCUGACUCCUUCCUUCCUGGUGAGGACUUGAGCACCAGUCCCUGCCUUCAGUACUUUCAAGCUAUUUACUCUACUUGGAUCUUCCCAACUUUGGCUAGUUCGAAAUGUUGUUACUAGCUUCUGGGUCUAAUCCAGGAGGUUAAUAACUGAACAUUAAAUAGUUUGGCACUUUCAUUAUAAAGUUUGGCAGCCAAACAACCUCUUGGGUACUUCACUUCGGAGUUCAUGCAAGAUGCCAAUCUGCCUGAGUUUGGCAGAAUUAGUUAGAAUACCUACAAGUUCAGCACAUUGAACUUCUUCCUAGUUAAAAUAGUAGUGAGGAGUACAAGAUGUUAAAUAAAAACCCAUUCAUAAGGCCCUUUUAAGGGCUCAACCCACUUCUUAAAAAUUGUAUUAAUAUUUGGGUAUGAUUUGAAACUACUCUAUCAACACAUUUGAAUCACUAUCAAGACAGCCAAAGGCUACUUAGAUCUUUUUUAUCCAAGUGUUUUCUUUCAGUUUGUUAUGAAGCUUGCAGAAGCAGGAGUGAGAGGUUGUAUGGCAAAACAUGCAACUACAGAAUUAAAGAUCUACCUUCCAUUCUCCAAAUGCUGUUGCCACAUUAUAGUUUGUGUUGAAGCUACUUGCUUACUCUGGAAGAGCAUAACAACAGUUCAUGUCAAAACAGUGCAAUCAUUUCCAUCAUUAAAACCUCUGGCAAGUUCUGGCACUUCCUACCCGACAGAAAGCAAGACAAGAAAUGCACUGUCAGUUGCAACAGGAUAAAAGUUUGUGUUUGGGUCUAAUAUUUCUGCAAUGAAGUGAAAAAAAAAAA